AUGAUUUUUAAGGAGUUUUCUGGAGAACUUUUAUUGCCAGUGAAAUACGUUCGUUUAAAUCUGGAAGGUUCAUUGAAUCUCCAAAAACAAUUUCAGUUACAAAAACGUGAAACACAAUUGCACCAUACAGAAGAAUUAGAUGGUGCAACGGCGUAUAUUAAACAAAAAAUUCGACAAUAUGAUGGUACAGAAAUUAAAUCAAGAAUGGAACAUGUUCUACAACAAUGGCUCUUGGAAUCAAGACAAUUAUAUGGACAAUUCCCGGUCUAUCCAACAGAAGAAGAUAACGGGUCAACGACAUUGUUCCGGCAAAUGACAGUUCAAGAAGUACAAGAAAUUGUAGAUAAAGUAAGCAAAUAUUAGACUUAGAAUGUUGUCAAAGAUUACUAACUAGUGAUUUUACUGACAAUAUUUUUUGGUGAAAAGUCUUAUACGCUAUGAUUACGUUUAGAAUUUUAUUUUCUCUUUUAAAAAGCAAGUUAUAGCCAUAAAGAAUAAGAAACGAAAGAAAAAAGAGAUUAAAAAACAAAUUAUAAAAGCCAAAACAAAAGAAUUAAAACAGGUUAGAACCUAAAUAUUAUAUGGACCAUCAUGAUUAUCAGAAGUUGACUAUAUAUGUCGUUUGAAGGAAACGCAACUGUAUCAACUUCAACCAUCGAAAUUUGUUCCUAUAUUAAAUGAUCAGACAACAGUCUAUGAAGGUACGCUACUUUCAGAAUUUGCUAAAUAUACUUUAUUUGUUCAUGAAAUCCUUUUUUCUGAUACUCUUGUUUCGAAUAUUCCAGUGGUGAUCAACUCAAACAGACUGUGUCUGACAUAGCUGAUAAUAGUUUAGCUAUACAUAAAAUAUAAUGAACAAUUGAAAUGUGUGAUCUGAGAAGUAGAAAUGUAUACUGCUUGAGAAAUUCAAGGAUAACGAGUCUAGCUUACUCGAAACUGUAAGAGUAAUGACUGCCAUAUUUUGAGGCAUCUUUUACUCCAACACGAAAUGUUUACAGUAAAUUCCUAGUUUUGCACAUUUUACAUGAACAUGUGAAAAAAAUCCUGUUGGUGCAUCUCAAAAUAGCUAGUCGGUCCUCAAAUAAGUAGGUAAGAAACGUGUUUGGCAAUGCUUUCUAAAAAUUGUUAUCUUCGUACAGUUGUUGUUAACGACUAACUAAAUACUUUAACUUCAGAAAUCAUCUAUUUUACUCUUAACAGACGUAUAUAGCUGUUAAAUAAUUAUCAGAGAAUAUGGGGAAAAGUAUGAAAAGACAACGGAGUUUGGACUGAAUGGAGAACGGAGUGCGAAUUAUUAAAUUUUUACACGGUUUAGAGAACGGGACUGAAAAGUGAACGGUUUUCGAAUUUUUUUGCAGAAAACUGAAAAGAAAACGCCAUUGAAAGAUAAUUUUUCACUGUAUGUGUAGAGUUCUAAAGUAGAAUUUCUCAUACGCACGCUUCUUCAUAUUUACUCAUCGAUAUGUAAACAGUAAAAGAACCAUAUUCUAAACAAAAUGAUGCGCAGACACUAGCUACCACUGCGAAUUUGUAAUACGGAAACUGAACUUAAUGAAUUAAUAUCAGAAAAUAAAGUAUCUAGAUUUCGAAGUGAAUCAAGUACCAAUGGUAACAAAUAUACACUAAAAUGGUCUCAAGAUGUUAUCAAAUAUGCAACUCCAAUUCCAUGGAAUAUUUUUACAAUGGCUGUUCCUACAUCACAUCCGUUGGCCCCCCUUCCCUCAGA